AUGUCAGAUAGCGAAGAAAAUUCAUUCCAAGAAAUUGAAUAGGAAGAUGACGAAGCUGUCAACAAUCCUGAUAUUGAAGAGGAAGAAGAAGAUGAAGAUUAUAUGAUGGAAGAUAAGCCUAAAAAGCAAUCUGCAGAAGAAAAGCUUGUUAUUGACUAAAAUGAAAAAGAUAGAACUUGCGCUACUUAUACUUUCUAUGAUGAAGACCACACCCUUGGAAAUACAGUUAGAUAUAUGCUUGUAAAGAGAAAAGAUGUAGAAUUCUGUGGUUAUACAAUUCCUCACCCUUCUGAAAAUAAAAUGAAUUUACGUUUAUAAACAAUAAAAAAAAAUUCAAAUGAAGUAUUAAAAGAAGGAUUAGAUAGUUUGGCUGGACUUUGUGAUGUACUUAAUGACAAAUUUGAUGCUGCUAUGAAAAAAUUUGAAAAACAAUAAAAAAAGAAAUCAAAAUGA